AUGGUGUGUUCACUGCCACCUCCUCCGGCCAAGGAGGAUGCACUGCCCAACACGUUUGCCAGUGAGGCCUCCCAGCUGAUUGCUACCCAGCUGCUGAAGCACAACAAAGAUAUCGAUGCAAAUCAGGUGCAUUCGCCGCUGGGCGUGGCCUCCAUACUGGCCGUGCUGGCGGAGGCUGCAGAGGGUGAGACCUAUGCGGAGUUUGGUCAGGUCUUUAGCUUUCCCAAGGAGCGGCAGGAUCUAAGAGCAGCCUUUGAGCGCAUUCUGGGCAGCUAUCAGAAUCGCGAUGCAGCUGUGGCCCUGCCCUCGUUCCAGACCUGGUUCUAUGUCUAUCGCAACAACAGCGUGCGCGAGGACUACAAGCAGCUACUGCAGCGUCACUAUUACGUCGAGGUGAAGGAUAUCAAUAGGCAGGAGUACGACUGGAGUGAGCCCAACACCUCGCUGCAGCUGGAGGGCAGUGGCGCCGAUGUCGACAGCACAGAACCAAGCAAUAGCAAAGAUGUCAUCGGUUUCGAGACACUGAAGCGCAUUAACCUGGACGACGAUGCUCCCCUUGUGCAAAGUGAUACCUAUGGCGAGGAGGUGCUAAACAAGGAGGCAUCCAAGUUCGAUCGUGAGGUAGAUGACAAGCAGUAUGUGGAAAAACCAGUUGCAUUGGCCGAAGCUGCAGAACAGCUGCAGCGGGACCAGGAACGGGAGCAGCUGACCACCGAGCUGUCGGCAACGGAAGCAGCCAGCAGCAGCACCGAUGCACCAGUGGAAAAACUAGAAAAACCAGCUGAAAUUGCUCUGACCGUUGAGGAAAAUGUUGCAGCCAAGCAGCAGAACAAACGCAGCCAUGCCGAACAGAAUCCAAAUGUCGAGGAGAACGAGACGGUGCGGGAGGAUGAAAAGCUACGCAAGCUGCUCAACGAGCCGAGCAACGGCGGCAACCAGGUGACCGCCGGUGAACCCGAGAAGGUGCGUCUACCCCUGCAGAAACUGGAAAAUGCUGUCAAGUCAAUGGUCAAGGAGGGUGCCGAUGAAAUUAUGAUUGCGCUCGAGUCGCAUCUGAGCACAGUUGCUCGGGCUUAUAGCGCACGCAGUCUGUUCCGACAGGACGACAUUGCCUCAGCACUGAGCGCCAACUCCAUAACGGGUCGUGACCUUGGCUCCAAGUCCAAGAUGCUGCUCUUCAACGGACUCUACUAUCGCGGCAGCUGGGCUCAGCCUUUCUAUCAGCUGCGCGAUGGCAGCGAUGAGUUCUUCUUUAUGACAAACGAAGAUGCCGUGAAGACGCCCAUGAUGCAUGCGCGUGGCAAAUACAACGUGACCGAUCUGCCUCACUUGAAGGCACGUCUGCUUUCAGUGCCGUACGAGAAUGCCCAGUACAGUCUGUGCAUUGUGCUGCCCAAUGAGCCCGAAGGCCUAAGCGAGGUCAUUGCCCAGCUGCAGCCCAGCGACUACAAGUACGCACGCGAGCACAUGCAGCUGAAGGAGCUGCAUGUGACGCUGCCCAAGUUCCAGGUGGAGGAGACCUCACGCUCCGAGGCAAUGCUCCAGCAGCUGGGCCUAAAGCGUCUCUUCUCCCGCACCGAGGCUCAGCUGGGUCUCCUCUCCGAGGACGAGGACAUUCAUGUCGAUGAGAUCGUGCAGUUUGUCAAUGUGCGCGUGGAUGAGGGCGGCAGCAGCGCCAACUCCUUGUCUGCGGCUACAAUGCAGGGCCGCUCACCUAUUGCCGCCGAAACUGCUGCCACAUUGCCAGUGCCCGAACCUGAGCCAGAGCCGGGCGUAGAGCUUUUCGAUGUGAAUCGCCCGUUCGUCUAUUUCGUAAUGGACUGCAAGAAUGAGUUUGUCCUGGCCUCUGGUAAGGUGUAUGCGCCCGAGUUCAAGGAUGAGCUGCCGCCCGUCUCCAUUGAGGUGGAGCUGGAGCAGUCGUAG